AUGACUUCUUGCAUUGCUGAUACCCAGGCAUUUGCUCAAAAUGCCGCGCAUGUCGAUGCUCCUCGUCUUUGCAUAAAAAAUAUCCUUUCCUCUUGCCCAAUACACCCCAAGAGAUCAGAACUUCCUCUUCCAGCCAGUGUAACAUGCAUCCAUCAAGAUGUGUUCAUUACUGCUUCUGUUGAUGGUGAGGAGUUUUCAGAGGCCGGGGUAUAUUCUCAAAAGGCAGAUGACUUUUCUCUGCUCUCGCCAAUUUUAUAUUCUGUAUUUUCGUUUGAAGAUUUAACGGUCAUGGAUUCGCCGAUUGCGAUUCCUCAACCUCGUAAGCCUAUGAAUGCCAAUGGUAACAUCGGUGACAAGCAAAAUAAUUCUACUCAACAUCAUGGAUAUUCUCGGAACAAUCGAGCAGCUACAUAUGGGGAUUCUUCAGAAUUUAUUACCCAAAGAGGCGGCGGUCGUCGCUUCCAAGGGCAGCAUCGCUCUGCAUAUGGCAACCAACAUCACGGCAACAGGGCGAAUAGUGAUGGAUCUGGGGAUAGCCAACAAAACUAUGGCCACCACAAUCGACAUCAUUACCAGCAGCAUGCAGAUGAAAAAAACCAGCAACCAAAAAAAUCAAUAGACUCUUUUGUCUCGCAGUUUGAAUCCAUGGCGCCGUACAAGUCUAGAGAGUUGGAUUCUUCUUCGAUGGAAGAUCCAUGGGCCGACCCUAGCGCUUCUGUUGGUUCGUUCGACUCUUCUGGGAACUUUAUCACUUCCGAAUUUCCGAAAAAAGAUGCAGCAACUGCUCGGUCAUCAAGAAUUCCCAUUCAGCAAUCGAGGCUCUCCUCGAUUAUUUCCUCAAAAAUCAUCACAGCGGAGAGCUUGGAGGCAACUCUUUUUCAAAAUUCAAUAAGUUCCGAAGGUGAAUUGAACGUCGCAAUUCCCUUCUUCAACCUCUGGUAUUACAAGGACCCGUACGGAAAUAUUCAAGGCCCAUUCCCGUCUGAGCAAAUGACUCAUUGGAGUGAAGCUGGAUAUUUUGAUUUAAAAAUGCUUGUAAGGCCCGAUGUUGAUUCCGCGUCUACGUUCAAUAAUCUGAGCAAUCUCUCUAUAGUUUCCGACUUUGUUCCCCUCUCUGAGUGGAUCAAUUUGUAUAACCACAAUUGGCCAUGGUCUAAUCAGGCCAAAAACAUUGUUUACUCGGUUAAACAGCCGCAAUCUUCUAAACCAGAACCGAUGGCUGCUGUUGAAAUCAUUGUUACGCAAGAAAAAGAAUCCCAUUCUUCCAUUCAAAAGUCCAAUCCUAUCACACAGAAUAGCGAAACCGAAUAUUUAAAGCCUUCCAUUACGGAGCCUAUAAAUUCGGGGAAAACCCCGGAACAUGUCCCCCUCCCAUCGGAAGAAAUUAAAGAUGAUGCACAAAAGAAAACGGAGCAAGCUACGCCUAUAGAAGACCCUGAAAAAAAAUCCAUCUCAGCUACAAAAUUCAAAGGUUGGGCUACAUCAACUAAUAUGGCCGAUCCCGCUGCUAAUAUUAGAACCUCCAUUCAAGAAAAUUCUCGAAGCAAACGGAUUCCGGAGCCUCAAUCUGCUCAGCCACUGGAACAUGCUGUAGCCAAUGUAAGGUCCAAACCUACCUCUUGGUCUUCAAUUGCAAGUUCUGGAUUUGGUUCCCACGCCGAGCCUGUGGAGGGAAAACCAACGCCUUCCAAGGCCUCUAAUGCAACAAAUUCUGCGAAUGUGACAUCCAAAUCCCAACCCCAACCCCAAGAAGCCUUCCAGUCUCAAGGGAAGCCAUCACAAUCUUCUAAAUCGGACGUGAAAAAUGAAAAAUCAGAUUCGGCAGCCGCUCUUGGAAAAUGGGUAUCCAAAGAGCUCUCCAGAAUGAAUAUAAAAAACAUUGACUCCACCACGCUGACAACUUUGCUGUUUCCCCUUUCCGUGGAUCAGAUGAAAGAUAUUCUUACAGAGUUUUUGCCAACCGCAUCAGAGAUAAGCGAGUUUAUUGCCGGUUUUACUGAAGCACGUGCGAGUACUCCAUCCCUUAACGGGCUGCUCCCCCCUACACUUGUAUCGGCAAAAAAAAAGACUGCUACUCCACUUGCCUCAGAUUCCAAGGAAGCUGACGGAUUCUCCGUUGUUGUUAGAAAGACAAAGAAAUCGGCACCUGCCGCCAAAACUCACUCUACCCAUGAAGCUCCAGGCAAGCGAAUCGUCGGGCUGUGA